AACCUUGAGGUUGAAAAGACUGUGUCACUCACUGCUUGUGCCUUGAUGCUUUUGGGUGUGUUUUGGCAUUCCUUCAUUCCGCCCUCUUUGCUGUUGUAUUUGAAGCAGCAGUCUGGCAGACGGCUACAUUAUCUUGCAGACUGAUAGCAGAGGAGCUACCCAUCACAACCAGUAUACAAUCUUCCAGGAUAAAGCACAAUGAACGGCAUAGUUCCCAGGAAAAAAACAAAAGGUGUUGAUUUCUGUGGCUUGAACUACUACUACUAUAUCAUCCGGUCAGAUAUUGGCUGUUAUAUGCAGGCGGGUAAUUUUAAUAAAGGUUUAGAGCUCUCUGUUUUCAAGCUGCACCCCUCCUGCCAAAAUGGAGACCAUUACUUUGGUCAUAAAAAUCGCUACUUCUACGUCAUUAAAGGUAAAUCAUACCGCAGAGUCAGAGACCUGUCCACAGACAGCGAUGCUGCAGUUGCCAACCUUCAUGCCAACUGCCAGGGUGGAGACCACUACUUUUCGGCCUUUGACUGGUUUUACGUCAUCUUCCAAGGCAAGGGAAGGUUCAGAAGAACCAAGGACCUGAGUCUUGACUCAGAGGCUGGAGAAUAUAAGCUGCAUCCCAACUGCAGUAAUGGUCUCUAUUACUGGGGUCUUCCAGAUCACAUCUAUUUCCUCAAGCAGGCCUCAGAGUGGGGAGUGGAAUACUACAAGGGCACCGAUUUGGAGAAAGACAAACGCACUGAUGUCUAUUCUGUUCACCCCGAUGUUCUUAACUUCCUGCCUGGCGGUCUGUCCAUAACUAGAGGUCCAGCUUUUGGCCGGUGGGAGAAGAUUAAAACUAUAACUAAUGACAGCAACACACCAGUGACAUGGGAAAGGACAAUUAUGAAAAGGGUUGGAUACAACAAGGAGAAGAUGAAAGAGAUCACUCACAACUGGAAGAUAAGCGUGUCGGCCUCGAUGGAGUCAGGAGAACUCUCUGCGUUAAUUGCAAAGUAUCAGUUCUCGUUAUCUUCAGAAUAUGGAGGUUCACAUGUCAGCACUGAAAAAGAAAUCUGGGAGGAAGUGACUGAAGUGGGAGAGAAAAUAACACUUGUGCUGAAGCCACACGAGAGUUUAUAUCUGUGGCAGUAUAAGCUGGGUCUCGGUGAAGAAUCGGUCCUGUUCUGCCGUGAUUUAAGGAUGGAUGAUGAGCCAAAUCCUCCAGCUGAAGUCCCGCUGCCGCCUUCAAAAUCAUGAAGAGACAUUCGAUGACAGCCAAGUGCUUUAGUUAAACACCGUAAGCCAGUGGUCUCAAAGGCAGCUCCUGGAGGGCCACAGCUUUAGCUCCAACUCACACCUGCAUAAAAGUUUCUAGUAAUCCUGAAGACCUUGAUUAGAUGGAUGGAGCUGCAGGCCUCCAGGAAUCCAGUUUGAGACCAGUGCCUUAAGUAGUUAUUAAAUUGUGAUUGUAUAUUGAUAAUAGUUUGUAUAUUAGUAGCUUAGUAUAAUACAAUGUUUUUUUUCGGUUAAAGUAUCUAAAAAAUAAUAUCCAUUAGAUGCAAAAUUAUGAUUCAUUCUUCAUCUCACAGACAGAACACUGGAUACUGUCAAUAGUUAAUUGCUACGAAAUGUCAUGUAACAUUUUUACAAGAAGCUUUAUAUGACAAUAUACUAAUAUACUACAACAAUACACUUGUACAGUGUUUUAUAUAUAUAGAUAUGUAUGUAUAUAUAUAUAUAUAUAUAUAUAUAUAUAUAAAAUAAUAAAAAAUGAUCAUUUCAUAAUCACUUAAUUAUGUAAUGAACACAACACUGCUGCAGGAUAAUUUACACUGUAAAUAUUUGCGGUAAGGGUAAAGAUGUGUUAAUAAAUGUUUAAAUUAACAUGAACUAAGAUUAAUAAAUGCUGUAUAGGUUUGUUCAUUGUUAGUUUCACUAGAGUUUUUUGGUGUGUAGAUUGAACCUGGGGCCAGUAUAAUGUAAUGAUCUUAAUUUUAAUAAAUCAUAGAAUCAUUUUUAUUGUACUUUAAUUUAGGCUAACAACGUGCUGAUGGUAUGUUUUUCACUUUAUACCACUUGUUUUCUCUUUAAAUAUGUUAAAUAAAGCUGGUGACUGUA